AUGAAGCCUACACCUGAUGUGACUUCCUCAGUUUGCAAUAGCAUGCUCAAUGUCUUUGCUGGAAGUCGCAUUACUUACGCUCCAAGAUAUAGGUUAUCAUUUUACUAUCCCUCCUGUCAUAUGAUGGACUAUACAGUUCACAACAUCAACAAGUCUUUAGUCGAUCAUUUUCAUUUCAAGCGAAGUUAUCCUAACUACCACCCAUACAUCCUCCGCCUCUACUUCGGAGUAUUGUUCUGGAUCCAAUGUCUCCGAACCGGAGAAGAGGUCGGCGCCCUAAACCUCGAUCACCAUCAAUUCCUCCUCAACUUUCUCGACUUCCACCCGUUGGAGUCUCUCCCCAUCCCUGGUCCCCUCCUCCCACUCUUCAAAACCAUCUGCUCCUCCCAGCCGGAAUUUUCAAACUACGGCAAGGUCUACCCUCGCGUCCCCACCGUCCCCGGCCCAACGAAACGUCGCAAUUUUCUUCGUGAAGAACAACACGCGCACUUUCUCCCCAAUGUUCCUGGAAUUUUCGCCCUCCUUGAACACUUGAACGGGUUAAUUAACGGUGAGAAUCCUGUUUACCCUAAAAUGCGGAAACACAUUCCGGUCACCGAAAACGCUGUUGUCUUUGGCCAUCACUCCUUUCCGGCUUUGGCUGAUCGGUCUGAUCAUGAGAACUGGUGCCUUGUCUCUCCUGGUUUACAAUACUACUGUGAGGCUGAUCAAAAGUUGAAUGAAUCAUUCGCCGAAGGAUAUGCAGAUAUGUUAUAA